UUUCGGGGUUGUGGCGAUAUGAAUAUGAUAUUUUUCGCGUUUUUCUGAAAUAUAGUGCACUGUAUUAGUGUUAAAAAUGGCUGAAGACGAGGUCCUGUUUGAUGAUGUGUAUGAGUUAUGUGAAAUUAUUGGCAAGGGCCCAUUCAGUCUUGUCCGUCGAUGUGUGCAUCGACAAACAGGACAACAGUUUGCUGUGAAGAUUGUGGACGUAGCUCGUUUUACUGCUAGCCCUGGAUUGAGUACUGCUGAUUUAAAACGAGAAGCAACAAUAUGCCAUAUGCUCAAACAUCCACAUAUUGUGGAGCUACUAGAGACUUACAGUUCUGAGGGAAUGCUCUACAUGGUAUUUGAAUAUAUGGAUGGAUCUGAUUUGUGCUUUGAGGUUGUUCGUCGAGCAACUGCAGGAUUUGUCUAUAGUGAAGCAGUAGCAUGCCACUACAUGCGUCAGAUCCUCGAAGCCCUUCGUUAUUGCCACGAGAACGAUAUAGUACAUCGUGACGUUCGUCCCCAUUGCGUGUUGUUAGCUGGACGCGAUAACUGCGCUCCGGUGAAACUCGGCGGGUUCGGUGUCGCCGCCCAACUACCAACUCCUACUGCUCAUCGAGCACCCCCUGAACUGGUGAUGGACAAUCGACCUCUAGUGGGUCCUAUGGGCCAAGCAUAUCUCAAAUCAGACGAGUAUGGUCGUAUUGGCACUCCUCACUACAUGGCACCAGAAGUCGUUUCCAGUCAAUUGUAUGGAAAACCAGUUGACGUGUGGGCGGCUGGAAUCUUACUGCAUGUGUUGCUAGUGGGAUACUUACCCUUUACUGGAACUAGGGAGAGGCUGUUCGAAGCAAUUUGUCGUGGCAGACUACGCUUUGAUGCACCUCUGUGGGAUGAUGUAAGCGAUGCUGCGAAAGAUCUCGUGCAGCGGAUGUUGACAGUUGAUCACACGCAAAGAAUUAAUAUCCAAGAAGUUCUUAACCAUCGAUGGAUCAGGGAUCGUGACAAGCAAAAUCGUGUCCACCUCGCCGGUACGGUGGAAGAGUUGAAGAAGUUCAACAGCCGCCGUCGCCUGCGAGCCGCCACACUCGCCGCCGCGUCUGUGGACGACGAGGAGGAGGACGAGCAGCCGCCGCGCCGCCUCGUGCUCAUGGAGGAGGCCAACGCGGCGGCUGUUAACCUCAUAGUUGAAUCGCUAGAUGACGUAGCAGUCCUCCAAGACGGACCGGGUUUUAUGGAUCCUGAUCUGUUCCACAGCGUGCUUGAUGAUCUGCAACUACGAUCUCUAUUGGAGGUGUACGACCGCAUCGCGUGCACCGUGGUGGUGACGAGCGGGCGCGCCCCCGCGGCGGAGGGCCGCUCGCGCGCGCGCGCCGCGCUGGACUCGGCCGCGCGCCUGCGCCCCGCGCCCGCGCCCGGCGCCGCGCCCGCCGCCGCCGCCGCCGUGCACGACCUGCGCCGCCUGCUCGCCGCGCCGCACGUCAAGGUCAGUCGUCACCGCCCACUGUCUAAAGCCGGGUCCAGACAUGAUCAUUUGACCGAUCCUAUCACCGUAUCUGCGUAUUGUCAAGCCCCGUAUCAAGUUGUGGACGCCUCCGAUUUGCUCCGUAUCCGUAUCUUCACAAUAGUCAUGAUCGCGUAUCAAAUUGCCCAGUUCAGUUUCUGCUCUCGAUCAAACAUGUCAUCGCAGUUUUUACUUCACGGCAAGGACUGA